GACAACAAAAUCGAAGUCUUCAACUCCGCAUGUUCAACGUUCUACGCACCCAGCGACCGCAGUGGGAUUGGAGGAAUGCGACGAGAGCAUAUCCGUGCCUGUCCUGUUUGGAGAAAUGAAGCACCCCGGUAUGACUGUGUGUUUGUUAACACAGAUGCAGACGUUGAAGGGAUGGGAGGCAUGGAUAUAGCCCGCGUAAUGUGUUUUUUCUCCUUCACAUUUGAAGGAAAUCUGUACCCAUGCGCUGUUGUGCGCUGGUUCGACAAAGCCGGCGAUCGACCUGAUGAGGACACUGGGAUGUGGAUUGUCACCCCUUCGGACAAUUCUCAGUCUGUUGGGAUUAUUCAUAUCGAUUCUAUUUACCGCGCCGCGCAUCUCAUCCCAGUCUAUGGAACACAGAACAUUUCACGCAACCUCAAGCACUACAACUCAUAUGAUGCUUUCCGAGCAUUCUAUGUAAACAAGUUCGCAGACCACCAUGCAUUCGAGAUCGCAUCUUAG